AUGUUAGAAAAGCAGAGGCUAGAGAAGCAGAGGUUGGAGAAGCAUAGGUUAGAGAAGCAGAGGCUAGAGAAGCAGAGGUUGGAGAAGCAGAGGUUAGAGAAGCAGAGGUUAGAGAAGCAGAGGUUAGAGAAGCAGAGGUUGGAGAAGCAGAGGUUAGAGAAGCAGAGGUUGGAGAAGCAGAGGUUGGAGAAGCAGAGGUUGGAGAAGCAGAGGUUAGAGAAGCAGAAGUUAGAGAAGCAGAGGCUAGAGAAGCAGAGGCUAGAGAAGCAGAGGUUAGAGAAGCAGAGGUUGGAGAAGCAGAGGUUGGAGAAGCAGAGGUUAGAGAAGCAGAGGCUAGAGAAGCAGAGGUUAGAGAAGCAGAGGUUAGAGAAGCAGAGGCUAGAGAAGCAGAGGUUGGAGAAGCAGAGGUUUGAGAAGCAGAAGUUGGAGAAGCAGAAGUUGGAGAAGUUAGAGAAGCAGAGGUUAGAGAAGCAGAGGUUGGAGAAGCAGAGGUUGGAGAAGCAGAGGUUAGAGAAGCAGAGGUUGGAGAAGCAGAGGUUGGAGAAGCAGAGGUUAGAGAAGCAGAGGCUAGAGAAGCAGAGGUUAGAGAAGCAGAGGUUAGAGAAGCAGAGGCUAGAGAAGCAGAGGUUGGAGAAGCAGAGGUUUGAGAAGCAGAAGUUGGAGAAGCAGAGGAAGCAGAGGAGGAAGCAGAGGUUAGAGAAGCAGAGGUUAGAGAAGCAGAGGUUAGAGAAGCAGAGGUUGGAGAAGCAGAGGUUGGAGAAGCAGAGGUUGGAGAAGCAGAGGUUGGAGAAGCAGAGGUUAGAGAAGCAGAGGUUGGAGAAGCAGAGGUUGGAGAAGCAGAGGUUGGAGAGAGAGGUUGAGAAGCAGAGGUUGGAGAAGCAAGUAGAGGCAGAGAGAAGCAGAGGUUGGAGAAGCAGAGGUUGGAGAAGCAGAGGUUGGAGAAGUAGAGAGGUUGGAGAAGCAGAGGUUAGAGAAGCAGAGGUUGGAGAAGUAGAGGUCGGAAAAGCAGAGGUUGGAGAAGCAGAGGUUGGAGAAGCAGAGGUUGGAGAAGCAGAGGUUGGAGAAGCAGAGGUUGGAGAAGCAGAGGUUGGAGAAGCAGAGGUUGGAGAAGCAGAGGUUGGAGAAGUAGAGGUUGGAGAAGCAGAGGUUGGAGAAGCAGAGGUUGGAGAAGCAGAGGUUGGAGAAGCAGAGGUUGGAGAAGCAGAGGUUGGAGAAGCAGAGGUUGGAGAAGCAGAGGUUGGAGAAGCAGAGGUUGGAGAAGCAGAGGUUGGAAGAAGGAGAGAGUUGGAGAAGCAGAGGUGGAGAAGCAGAGGUUGGAGAAGCAGAGGUUGGAGAAACAGAGGUGGGAGAAGCAGAGGUGGAGAACAAGUGGAGAAGCAGAGGUUGGAGAAGCAGAGGUUGGAGAAGCAGAGGUUGGAGAAGCAGAGGUUGGAGAAGAAGAAGAGUCGGAAAAGCAGAGGUUGGAGAAGCAGAGGUUGGAGAAGCAGAGGUUGGAGAAGUAGAGAGGUUGGAGAAGCAGGGUUGGAGAAGCAGAGGUUGGAGAAGCAGAGGUUGGAGAAGCAGAGGUUGGAGAAGCAGAGGUUGGAGAAGCAGAGGUUGGAGAAGCAGAGGUUGGAGAAGCAGAGGUUGGAGAAGCAGAGGUUGGAGAAGCAGAGGUUGGAGAAGCAGAGGUUAGAGAAGCAGAGGUUGGAGAAGCAGAGGUUGGAGAAGCAGAGGUUGGAGAAGCAGAGUGGAGAAGCAGAGAGAGCAGAGGCUAGAGAAGCAGAGGUCGGAGAAGCAGAGGUGAGAGAAGAAGCAGAGGUCGGAGAAGCAGAGGUGGAGAAGCAGAGGUUGGAGAAGCAGAGGUUGGAGAAGCAGAGGUUGGAGAAGCAGAGGUUGGAGAAGCAGAGGUUGGAGAAGCAGAGGUUGGAGAAGCAGAGGUUGGAGAAGCAGAGGUUGGAGAAGCAGAGGUUGGAGAAGCAGAGGUUGGAGAAGCAGAGGUUGGAGAAGCAGAGGUUGGAGAAGAAGAGGUUGGAGAAGCAGAGGUUGGAGAAGCAGAGGUUGGAGAAGCAGAGGUUAGAGAAGCAGAGGCUAGAGAAGCAGAGGUCGGAGAAGCAGAGGUUGGAGAAGCAGAGGUUGGAGAAGCAGAGGGUGGAGAAGCAGAGGUUGGAGAAGCAGAGGUUGGAGAAGCAGAGGUUGGAGAAGCAGAGGUUAGAGAAGCAGAGGUUGGAGAAGCAGGAGAAGCAGAGGUUGGAGAAGCAGAAGUUGGAGAAGCAGAGAGAAGCAGAGGUUGGAGAAGUAGAGGUCGGAAAAGCAGAAGUUGGAGAAGCAGAGGUUGGAGAAGCAGAGGUUGGAGAAGCAGAGAGGUUAGAGAAGCAGAGGUUGGAGAAGCAGAGGUUGGAGAAGCAGAGGUUGGAGAAGCAGAGGUUGGAGAAGCAGAGGUUGGAGAAGCAGAGGUUAGAGAGGCAGAGGUUGGAGAAGCAGAGGUUGGAGAAGCAGAGGUUGGAGAAGCAGAGGUCGGAGAAGCAGAGGUUCGAGAAGCAGAGGUUGGAUAAACAGAGGUGGGAUAAACAGAGGUCGGAGAAGCAGAGGUUGGAGAAGCAGAGGUCGGAGAAGCAGAGGUUGGAGAAGCAGAGGUUGGAGAAGCAGAGGUUGGAGAAGUAG